ACAGUGUGUGUCUCCUCUUUAAGAGGAGGCUUUCCCCUCAGUCUGACAACAGUCUCAUCUGGGUCCAAGCUGGUGACACAGACGUGAUCUCUCUUCAUUUCUCUUCUGGGUGAACGUGAACUCUGAGUUAUGGCUCGUCUGGAUCAGGUCAUUACAAACAUUGUAGAUGUAUUUCUGGAGUAUGCUGAUGAUGAAGGCAAGAAACGACAGCUUAACAAAGAGGAGUUAAAGAAGGUGUUCGAGCAAGAAAUACAAAGCCCUGAGUUAAAGGGUAAAAUCAAUGCAAAUGACAUUGAGGAAGCUAUGGAGACGAUGGAUAAAAACCAUGAUGGUGAGGUCAACUUCCGAGAGUUUUGCCGGUGUGUGUGUGACCUGGCCAAAUGCUACUACCACAAGAAGACGGGCAAGGGAGGCAAGAAAUCCAAGGGCAAAGAACAAGAAGAGGAACAAUAAGACUUAAGAUUCAAACUCUUAAAAUGUUUGUGGGACCAUAAUAUAUUUUAAAAAAAUAUGCUAUUCAUAUGGCAUACACACAACAUAGAUGUAAUAUAUCACACUGCCUAGAACCCUGAAAACAGAUGCUGUUGGUAUCAAGCCAUUUGCACACGUUUCUUGUGUCUUAAACUUGCAUGCAAAAUGUGAUAUUCAUUGUUUUUGUCUCUCCAUAACCUGUUUUCAAAGAAGUUUCCAUUCAAUACCUGAAGUGAAAAUAAAUAAAAACUAGAACAUUU